AUGGACGAAAUGCUGCUGUUGACAAGAAUUCUCUUGGUGGGCUUCAUCUGCGCUCUUUUAGUCUCCUCUGGGCUGACUUGUGGACCAGGCAGGGGCAUUGGAAAAAGGAGGCACCCCAAAAAGCUGACCCCUUUAGCCUAUAAGCAGUUUAUUCCCAAUGUGGCAGAGAAGACCCUAGGGGCCAGUGGAAGAUAUGAAGGGAAGAUCACAAGAAACUCCGAGAGAUUUAAAGAACUAACCCCAAAUUACAACCCUGACAUUAUUUUUAAGGAUGAAGAGAACACGGGAGCUGACAGACUGAUGACUCAGCGCUGCAAGGACAAGCUCAACGCGCUGGCGAUCUCGGUGAUGAACCAGUGGCCGGGGGUGAAGCUGCGGGUGACCGAGGGCUGGGACGAGGACGGCCACCACUCCGAGGAGUCGCUGCACUACGAGGGCCGGGCCGUGGACAUCACCACGUCGGACCGCGACCGCAGCAAGUACGGCAUGCUGGCCCGCCUCGCCGUCGAGGCCGGCUUCGACUGGGUCUACUACGAGUCCAAGGCCCACAUUCACUGCUCGGUGAAAGCAGAGAACUCGGUGGCGGCCAAGUCGGGGGGCUGCUUCCCCGGCUCGGCCACGGUGCACCUGGAGCAAGGCGGCACCAAGCUGGUGAAGGACCUGAGCCCCGGGGACCGCGUGCUGGCGGCCGACGCGCAGGGCCGGCUGCUCUACAGCGACUUCCUCGCCUUCCUGGACCGCGAGGACGGCUCGCCCAAGAUCUUCUACGCCAUCGAGACGCGGCAGCCCCCGGCCCGGCUGCUGCUCACGGCCGCCCACCUGCUCUUCGUGGCCCCCCAGCACAACCAGUCGCAGGCGGAGGCGGCCCGGAGCCGGGCGCUCUUCGCCAGCCGCGUGCGGCCGGGCCAGCGGGUCUACGUGUUGGGCGAGGGCGGGCGGCAGCUGCUGCCGGCGGCCGUGCACCGCGUCUGGCUGCAGGAGGAGGCCUCGGGGGCGUACGCCCCGCUCACCGCCCAGGGCACCAUCCUCAUCGACCGCGUGCUGGCCUCCUGCUACGCCGUCAUCGAGGAGCACGGCUGGGCGCACUGGGCCUUCGCCCCUUUCCGCCUGGCGCACGGGCUGCUGGCCGCCCUGGGCCCCGGCGGCGGCGGCGGCGGCGGCGGCGGCGGCGGCGGCGCGCUCGGCCCCGCGCCGCCCCAGCCCGCCGCCGGCCUCCACUGGUACUCGCGCCUCCUCUACCGCAUCGGCAGCUGGGUGCUGGAGAGCGACUCCCUGCACCCGCUGGGCAUGGCGGUGCCGGCCAGCUGAGACCCCCGCCGCCGCCCCGCGCGCGCAGAGCGGACGCAAAAGCAAAAACCCUAUUUUUCAGAAAAAAGAAAAGAGAGCGAGAGAGAGCGAGAGAGAGAGAGCGCGGCUUGAGACUUAAAGAUGAUAAUAAUAAAUAAUAAUAAUAAAGUAGGACAGUCCAAAGUAGACUUUAAGGGAGACAAAGACCCCGGGAAGUUCUGUUCCGUUUAGUUUAUAAAUAUAUAUAUAUUUUUAUUUGUUCUUUUGUUUUUUGUCGUUUUGUUCGUUGCUUUAUUGUUUUUUUUUUUUUUUCCUCCUCUCCUGGAUAUUUAUUUCUUUGGUAUUUUGAAUAGAUGUUUUAAAUGAUAUGAACCGGACCUUCAAGAGCCUUAAAUAGUUUCUUUGAUAAUUUAUUAUCAUGUGAACUGUACUCACAGGGGAAAAAAAAAUUAUUUUGUGAGGCCAAGCAAAACUGCGCAGAGUCUAUUUUUCUACAUGUCACGUGUGUCCUGACUUUCAGAAAGCAAAAUUCUGUACUUUCCCAUCUCUCCAUUACAUUGCUCCUUCAUUUCAGCAAGUCUAAAAAACAAGCAAACAAAAUAGACAAACUUCAUGGGGGUCCGUAAAUUAUAUUUUUAUACACAGAAUUGUAAAUUAGAUUUUUUUGA